ACAUGGAGUACCAAAAGUGGAUUUUUUCCAUUUUAUUUUUUUCUCUCUUCGGUUCCAAUCUCCAUCAUCCCCACGAGCUCCUCUCUCUCUCACAAACAUUCAAAUCUUACGUUUUUGCCCUCCUUACAUUCUUACCUCGCUGAAUCUUGGCCUAGGGCAUAUCUUCUCGGAACCACCAUUAUUUUUCUUAUGCUUUCUUUUUCUCAUUUCAAUUGAGCGGUGGAUCUGGCACGGGACGGAAAAUAAAGCAAAAUGAGCGCGGAUCUGGUGGCUGAGAGCACACAUGGGAAUCUAGACGAGCAGAUUUCUCAGCUCAUGCAGUGCAAGCCCUUAUCAGAACCGGAGAGAAUAAGGUUUGUUGUGGAUGAGGAUUUACUGAUGAAAUUAGGAAGUAGGGAUGAAACCGAGACCAUGUACAUAGAGUUAGCGAUUGAGAAAAGCCAGGUUAGGGGCUUGUGCGAAAAGGCAAAAGAAAUACUAAUGGAUGAAAGUAACGUUCAGCCGGUAAAAAGCCCAGUUACAAUUUGUGGUGAUAUUCAUGGCCAGUUUCAUGAUCUUGCCGAACUAUUUCGUAUCGGAGGGAAGUGUCCAGACACAAACUAUCUUUUCAUGGGAGAUUAUGUGGAUCGUGGCUACUAUUCAGUUGAAACUGUAACUCUUUUAGUGGCUCUGAAGGUGCGAUAUCCUCAACGGAUCACAAUUCUUCGAGGAAACCAUGAAAGCAGACAGAUCACUCAAGUAUAUGGUUUUUAUGAUGAAUGUCUGAGGAAGUAUGGGAAUGCCAAUGUUUGGAAGAUAUUCACUGACUUGUUUGACUAUUUCCCUCUCACUGCAUUGGUUGAAUCAGAGAUAUUCUGUCUGCAUGGUGGAUUGUCCCCGUCUGUUGAAACCCUUGAUAACAUAAGGAACUUUGAUCGCGUUCAAGAAGUUCCACACGAGGGUCCAAUGUGUGAUCUUUUGUGGUCUGAUCCUGAUGAUAGAUGUGGUUGGGGUAUCUCACCACGUGGUGCUGGGUACACUUUUGGCCAGGACAUAUCUGAGCAAUUCAACCACACUAACAAUCUCAAACUAAUUGCAAGAGCCCAUCAGCUGGUUAUGGAAGGAUAUAAUUGGGCCCAUGAACAAAAGGUCGUGACUAUUUUUAGUGCACCAAACUAUUGUUACCGGUGUGGAAAUAUGGCAUCCAUUUUGGAAGUCGAUGACUGCAGGGAGCAUACGUUCAUCCAGUUUGAGCCAGCUCCAAGGAGAGGAGAACCUGAUGUUACCCGUAGAACUCCUGACUAUUUCUUGUAGAUAUCAACCUUUAGACACUUUUGGCAGCCGGUUGAGGCUCACACAUGAUAUGUCCUGAGAUUUGAGCAUCAAGUUACUCUGUGGGCUUUCUUGAAAGUGUUGCGAAUGUGCAAAAGGCUUGUAGGAUGGUUGAUGAAAGGACCCUUUUUGUCUUCUAAGUUAUAACCUAUAUUAAAGGUUAUAGAGGUUGGGGAGAGUUUGGGCUUGGAAGAUGCAUUUGUGUAAUCGUGUUUCAUAUUUUAUUUUUUUAUAUUAUAUUGUUGGCUCACUUACAAAUGAUCUUAUUCUUUCUUUAUCUUCAGUACAAUCACUGCCUGUGGACUGCUGUUUUUGUGCAAGUAAUUCGGGAGUUCUAUCUGUUGCUUAAACUUUGUAUUUUCUUGUAGCUUUUGUUAAGUAGCAAAAUCUGAUUUUUAUCCUGCUGUUAGCAGUUAGUUGUGUAUUUAAAAUUCAGAUUUUAUUGUUGUUUGUAUCU